AUGAAUUUAUUGACCAAGCUGAAGUACUCUGGCUGGGUCUAUCCAACAGCCAUCCUCUCUCUGUACGGGUUUUUUGCCAAUUGCAGACCAGCAGAGCCAUUCCUGACGCCUUACCUGAUUGGGCCGUACAAGAACAUCUCUGAGGAUGCGCUGACAAACUACCUGUUUCCUAUCUGGACCUAUUCCUACCUGGCCGUCCUCUUUCCAGUCUUCCUACUCACGGACUUCCUGAGGUACAAGCCCCUAAUCGUGCUGCAGGGCCUCUUCCUGGUCACAAACUAUAUCUUGCUCUGCUUUGCCCCAGGCCUGCUGGCCAUGACUGUCCUGCAGUUCAACUACGCUGUGGUGACCUCCACAGACGUGGCAUACUUCUCCUACAUCUACAGUGUGAUCCCGGAAGCUCGGUACCAACGAGCCACGGGCUAUAUCCGCAGUGCCAUGCUGGCUGGGUCCACCGUAGGGGCCACGCUGGCCCAGCUGCUCGUCUCCCUAGCAGGGGUCGAGUACUUCUACAUCAACACUAUCACACUGGGGAUUCAGAGCAUGUCUUUCUUCCUCUCUUUCUGGCUGCCCAUGCCCAAGCAGGGCAUGUUCUUUAGAGGGAGGACGCCUGAUAUGGGCUCCAAGGAUCAGCAAGGCUGGGCGGUGGAGGAGGCCAGUGGGGCUGUGAGUGGGGCUGGCCCAGAGAACACACCGGAAGAGGGUGGCUGUUGCAGCUGGUACGACAUGGCCUACGCUGGCAGGAUGCUCUGGAGGAGCUUCAGAGAGUCCUAUUCGUCCAAGCGUCUGGUGUACUGGUCCUUGUGGUGGGCUCUGGCCACGGCCGGGUACGGUCAGGUGUUUAACUACAUCCAGCUGAUGUGGGACCACAUUGAGCCGUCCAGCACCUCCUCAAUCUACAAUGGAGGGGUAGAGGCUAUCUGCACACUAGUAGGCUCUGCAGCAGCCUUCAGUGUGGGCUACAUAAAGGUACCCUGGGACGUUUGGGGGGAGCUGGCUCUGGGGAUGUUCUCGGCCGUGGGGGCCGGUGCCGUGUUUCUGAUGGCCUUCACCAGCAGCAUCUGGGCCUGCUACGCUGGCUACGUCAUCUUCAAGGCUUCCUACAUGCUUCUCAUCACCAUCACUACGUUUCAGAUAGCCUCUAACCUUUCCAUGGAGUGCUAUGCCUUAACGUUUGGGAUCAACACCUUUGCCGCCCUCACGCUACAGACAAUUAUGACAGCUAUAGUUAUUGAUAAAACAGCUUUGGGGUUAGACAUAGUGACACAGUUUCUUGUCUAUGGCAGUUACUAUACAGCCAUCUCAGUGCUGUUCCUGGUCCGAGGGGCCUAUACAGCAGGGGAACACUACUGCAGGCCAGAGCCAGGGGAACCCAACCAGGAGAGCAAACAGGACACAGAGCUUCAGGAUAUCUCAGAACACCAGUUAUGA